AUGGAAGAUUGUGUAGACAGUCUUGGGCCUGCCCACUGUGUCAGCCCGCAGGAUGUUAUAGAUACAUACUAUGCAGCUGAGGGACAUUUCUACCAACUGGAAUGUGAUCUUCACUUAAGACACAUGGAGAGCAAUCAAACGAUUACUUGGACUAAAGAUGAUAACCGUACCCUAGACGUGAAAAAAGAUCGUAUCGAAAUGAGAGAGAACUUCUUGUGGUUUUUACCUGUCGAACUUCCAGACAGUGGAUUUUACACUUGCAGCAGUGGGACAAAGAUGACCAAGAUGAACCUUUUGGUGAUGAGUGGACACUGCCCUAGUCAAAGUGCUGAUAAAAUCUUCCAGAAGGGAACUACAAAAAAAAUAUCUUGUGGGCAGGAACAUAUCUUCUCUAUAGAUGAAAAAGCAGAAGUAAACUGGCUGAAGGAAUGCAAGACAAUGAAUUUCCAUGAAAAACAUAUAAGACUAUUUAAUGUCACUGAAAGAAAUGCUGGAAAAUACACCUGUCAGAUAAACUUCAUUUAUGAACAGAGGAGGUACACUGCAUCGAGGACGAUACUCGUGAAAAUUAAGAAUGAACCAAUAUUGUUUAAACCAAAAAUUAUCCGUCCAAGACAGGAGACAGUGCAAGUUGAGCCAGGUUUCAAAACAGAGCUGAACUGCACAGUGUUCAUCGGAAUGAGUGAAAGUGCAGUGAAUGAGAUGUUAGUUUACUGGACUUUCAACAACUCCUUUAUUGAACAAUACGAAAGCAAACAGUUACUUCAAAGCCAAAAACUUGUGAAGCGGGAGAACAACAAGAUGUAUGUUGUUUCCAUCUUAUCCGUUAUGAAAGUCCAACCAGAAUUUUUCCUCAUACCUUUCUGCUGCAUCGCCACCAACCCUGUAGGAAAAGAUGUAGGACAAGUGCAACUGAUUCCAGCCAGUCCCAGAUCCCUCUGCACCUAUAUUGCCAUCUGUCUGCCCAUCUCCGUGAUCGCCAUUGUCUUGACGAUAUGCUUUUUCUUCAAAGUCGAUAUUGUGCUCACCUUUCGAAGACUUUGCUGCAUUUUAAGUAAAAAAACUCCAGAUGGGAAACUCUAUGAUGCAUACGUGAGCUACAUCUAUGGCAACUUACCAUGCACCUCUCAGGUUGAACAUUUUGUCACGCAAGUUCUGCCUGAGGUUCUGGAGAGACGAUAUGCCUACAAACUUUUCAUUACUGGAAGAGACAAUUUGCCUGGAGAAGCAGUCCACGACACAAUUGCCGAUACCAUCAAGAAGAGCCGAAUGAUGAUCAUUGUCCUCUCAGCUGUAAACCUCUCCGACUUGGUCCAAGUGGAAUCAAUGAACCAAGACCAACCCAGAUUUGAGCAGCAAAUUGGCCUCUAUGAUGCUCUCAUCAAGGACAACCUUAAAGUAAUUCUAGUGGAGUUAGACAAAAAUGUGGAUUACUCUCUCUUUCCAGAAUCUGUGCGAUACAUAAAAAAGAAACAAGGUGCUAUAAGAUGGAGACAAAACAGAGGGGACGCAAUGGCUGCCCCCAACCGCCACUUCUGGAAACUCCUUAGAUAUCAUAUGUCUGAGCCAAUAUCCAGUCUAACAAUUCCAUGGCAUGCUACAGACAACAGAGAUGCAAUUGUUUAGAACUAGUGUGUCUGCAUUUGGAAUAUCUGCACUCAGUAUCCUGAACACUGACCAGACUAAACCAGAAA